UGAUUCUUUUGACUUGAAAAAGAUUUCAAUUGACACUCUCACUGCAUGUGCCCUUUCGUCUCUCUCUCACACACACACAGACACACAGUGGUUUGAAAGCAGGCGAUAUAAUGAAUCUCCUCACACUUCUCAUGAGCCCAUAAACCUUCAAUCUUUAAUCUUUCAUAUUCUCUGCAAUUCCUUUUCUCUUCUCUCUCGAAUUAAAUUCGAUCACGCAAACCAAACCUUCAAACAUUCAACCUGCCAUUGCAUUAAUUACUUCAACGAACCAGAACCAGAACCAAAACCAAACCCCACUAUAUACUGCUCAAAUCUUUGAUCCAGACACGCUUGUUUGUUUGUUUGUUUGUUUGUUCUUCCAUCCAACGAAAUCGAAACCAAGAUAUGGGUCUUGAAACAUGGCUAAUCAAGGUCAAGAAAUCGAUCUCACAUAGCUUCGAUUCCGUCCAUGGUCACUCUCUCCCACCAAACGGGAAGCCGGUGAUCAAGAAAUCAAGGGUCGGAGUCUUGGCUUUUGAGAUCGCAGGAAUCAUGCCGAAGCUCAAUUACAUGUGGCAGAUGCUCUCCGAUAAGAGUAUGACCCGUCUUCGUAAUGAAUCGGUGUGCCUUGAAGGUGUUCGAAAAAUUGUCUCACCCGACGAUGUGUUUCUUCUCGGGUUAGCGUGUGCGGAGAUGGUCGAGAAUCUGAGAGUAGUCGCGAAAUCAGUCUCGAGACUGAGCAAACGAUGUGAAGAUUCGAGCUUACGGAGCUUCGAGAGUGUGUUUGAUGGUUUCGCGAAUACAGGUCGUGAUCCCCAUGGAUGGAUCAUGAGCUGGAAAGAAAUGGAGGCCAAGAUUAAGAAGAUAGAGAGAUAUGUUACAGCCACCACUGCACUUCACCGGGAAAUCGAUGAGUUAACUGUUAUCGAGAACAGUUUGAAGAAAUCCUUACAGUGUUGUAAUAAUAAUUACAAAAAGGAUGUUUCCUUCACCAACACGAUGAAGCAACAGAAGAUUCUCGAUCUUCAACAAAAGCUCCAAUGGCAGAAGCAAGAAAUCAGACAUCUAAAAGAGAAAUCGUUAUGGAACAGAAGCUUCGACACGAUAACUUCAUUACUUUCGAAAUCAAUCUUCACGAUUCUGUCAAGAAUCAAACUCGUUUUCAACAUCAACCAUGGCUACCCUUCUUCUCUCCCCCGCAGCCUCUCCGCCUCCGCCACCGUCUACCCCUCCGAUCAAACCUCAAACUCAUUCAACUUCGUUUCCGGUCCCUUGAUCAAAAGCUCAAAACAUCAAGAGAACAACCAUAUCUCACACGGAUUUUUCGAAACAAAUUCGAAAAUCUUAAAACCAUCAUCAACAACAUUAGGAUCUGCUGCUCUUGCUUUACAUUACGCGAAUUUAAUCAUCGUGACAGAGAAGAUGAUACGAUCUCCUCAAUUGAUUGGAGUCGAUGCUAGGGAUGAUGUUUACUCGAUGUUGCCUAAUAGCAUACGAUCUUCAUUAAGGAGACGAUUGAAAGGGAUUGGGUUUACAGCCACUGAUCCCGUUCUAGCAGGCGAAUGGAGGGAAGCAUUGGGGAAGAUCUUGGGGUGGUUGUCGCCAUUAGCGCAUAAUAUGAUGAAAUGGCAAAGUGAAAGAAGCUUUGAACAUCAGAAUCGAAUGCCAAAAACUGGUGUUCUUCUUUUACAAACGCUUUUUUAUGCAGAUCAAGAGAAAACGGAAGCGGCCAUAACUGAGCUGUUAGUUGGUUUGAAUUACAUUUGGAGAUUCGAGAGAGAGAUGAAUGCUAAAGCCUUGUUAAAUUGCAGUAAUUUCAAGAAUUUGCAGUAAUACUUUCAAUUUGAUUCCAAAUUUUGUUUUUUGUUUUUUUUUUCUUUUUAAUUUAAUUCUUUUUGGGUGGGUAGAUGAGCAUGGGGGUAGUCGUGUUGAAUGUUGACGAUAUUGGAUUGGUAUGUAAAUUAAUUGAGACGAGCUUAAUUCAGAUCUUGAAAGAUUUGUUUUUUUGCUCCCUAACCAGAUCUGUAUAUUAGAAUACCAAAUGUUUGUAAACUUUUUAUUGAGUUAAUUUUAAUAAAAUAUUUCAUGCGUUUUUGUUUGUUA